GUCAUUCAGUAUUUUCCCCUCCUUUUACCAGCUGUUUAAUUCUUACAUGUAUUGACUGGUUGUUUGUUUUAGCUCUACAUUCUGAAGUCCACUCAGUGCUAAAUACUGUAUGGACAAGCCAUAGACUGAGACAAACACACAAUCACAUGGACACAUCUAGUACACACACACACACACACACACCCACACACACACACAAAGAGACAUCUAGACCUUUGCUCUUUUAGUUUUGGUGAGGGCAUAGGGUUGUCGGAGAGAAAAGUGUGUCAGUUUGAGUGGCUUAAAGGAUGCAGAGAGCAGGGAGGUUGUUCACUCUGCUGGUUUUGGGGUGGGCCUGGACCCUGAAAGCUGUCCCUGUGCACCCAGAACCUCUUAUAGCAACACAAGAGAGCUUUGAUGUGGACCAGUUCAUGGGGAGGUGGCACGAGGUAGCCGUGGUCUCUACCUGUCCCCACUACAUGCAGCGCAAGAGGGGAAGACCUGCUAUGAUUGCAAUGGAGCUGCAACACAAUGCCUCUGAGGGCAACUUCACAAUGACAUCUACUAGUUUUUGGAAUGGUUCAUGUGAGCAGACAGCCACAGGUUACAGGUUGACAGACACUCCGGGACGAUUCUUCCAUCAUGUUGCAAGGUUUGGAGCAGAUGUGGAUUCCUUUGUCGUUCAUACCAACUAUGAUGAUUUUGCAAUGAUCCUUCAGCUGGGCGAAGAGAAACCAAUGGGAAUUAAAACCACCUCCGCCAAGCUUUAUAGUCGAACUAUGAACGUGGGUUCUGCUGUGUUGGAAAACUUCAAAUCACUAAUCAGACAACAUGGAAUGAGUGAUGAGGUUAUCAUCAUGAAUCAAAGCAAAGGUGACUGUGCUCCAGGUGAGCAGGUAACAAUGCCCAUCAUGACUGAGCUUCAGAGGUCAAAUUAAAAAGUGGUGCCACCUGUGGCUCCUGCUGAAGAAGAGGAUGCUAGGAAUGUUUCACAAGGUUGGAGAUCAUUCGGAACAACUGAAGAGGACUGCCGCACACAGAGCAAUCAUUGUGUGCAAACAACUCUGUUUUGUUGAUUCCAACUUCCUAUAGAAACAGUAUUCUGUAUGAUAAUAUAUCAUGUGUGUAAUUGAGGUAUUUUAUUAAUGCAUGAGAGGCUUAGUAUAUUAAUAUAAAUAGGCUAUGCGGGUACUUUGCUAAUACAUCGAUAUUCACUAAUAAGCUGAGUGUAUUUAAGAUUAAGUUUUUAAGAUUGAGACCCUUCCAUUUUUUGAAUUGCAAAGGAAAAAACACACGAGGACAUGAUUGAAAAUUGAAUUUCUUACAGUCAUUUGAUAAACAGAGACCCCAAAAUAAGGGGGGAUACAACAAUGUAUAAUCCUUAGCAGAUCUCUGUUUCCACUAAUGAUAAUUGUUAGUGCGACAACAUUCACUUUUAUCCAACAUUUAAAUCUAAAACUGCAUUUUUUAUAAUAUCUCGUCAUUGAUGAUAUAUAUUUCAGUUAUACAUGCAAAUGCAAAAUGAACAGAUGCUUCAUUAAA